GGGGUUCGAAAGAAGCUAAAGAAAAAUUAUCUUUUACAUCUUUAUGAAAUUCCAAUCCCUUCUUUGAUGGGCCAGGCGGCAUCCGAUGCCCUUUUCAUACGCGCCUUAUAUGUUGAUGCUUGUGUUGUUAUUUUGCACAGCCCUUUUUGUUUUGUUUGGAGUUGCUGAGGCCUGAAUUUGAAGGGAAAAGAGGAAGCUUUCGCAGAAGCAAGAGGGAUGAAUGAUUGGGCUGCUCCUCUGAUCGCUUCCGCUCUGUUUGCGUUUCUCUCGCCGGGGAUGGUGGUCCAGAUGCCAGGGAAGGAACGGCCGGUGGACUUCUUGAACAUGAAGACUAACUUAGCCUCCAUAUUUGUGCAUGCUGUUCUCUUUCAUCGCGAGGUCAGCGGAAGCACAAGGAUGGCGACGAUGGAGGAGGGAGGAGGAGGCGGAGGUUUUCCGUUUCCGUACUGGACGUCGGUUCGCCGGAGGUUCGAUCCCGAUUCCGCUUUCUUCUCCUCCGGCAACGUCGAGCGCGAACUCCUCGCUAAGCAGGUUGCACUGGAUUUAACUGAAGAUGAGAGGCAUCAACUUCAGGACUUGAUGGAUGAGGAAAGCAGGGGAGUUUUCUGUCCAAUUGCUGGCUGUGGUGCACACUUAACAUCUUUAGAGAACUUUGAAGAUCAUUACAAUGCACGGCAUACAGCUUCUUGUUCGGUUUGCUCCAGAGUUUACCCAACAUCCAGACUCCUCAGCAUACAUGUGUCAGAAGCACAUGAUUCUUUCUUUCAAGCAAAGGUUGCUCGUGGUUUUGCUAUGUAUGAAUGCUUGGUGGAAGGCUGUGGAUUGAAGUUCAAAACCUACAAAGCUCGACAACGGCAUCUAAUCGACAAGCAUAAGUUCCCCAUUUCCUUUGAGUUUUACAAAAAGGGUCAUCCAUCUAAGAAGCAGAGACAAAAGAACCAACGUAAGCCGGCCACUCAUAAGAAAGAGGUAGCUCCAAGUGCAAUGGAAGUGGAAAAUGAAGCCAUGGAUGAACUUGUUUCGGCAGUCUCCAAAUUAAGCACUUCAGACUCUCCUACGUCCAUCAGCUUUGGUCGUCGCCACACACGAGGCUUGCCAUUUGUCCCUCGAGCUAUCCAGCAUGGGAGAACAUAAGAAUCCCUGAAUUCUUAUAGAAAGCACUAAAGCAGUAAUCAUUGCGCUAAAUUGAGUUUCAGGGGAUGCACUCUAUAAUUUAUUUUGGUGAGUUUUUCCUACUUCGGUUCUGUAUAGCAUGGCCUAUUUGACUGAACAACACUAACUCAAGUUUUGAAAGGUCGUGAAAGAGCUUCCUGAUUGUAUAUUAGUCAUGAUCUACGAUUCUUGAUGCAGAUUGAACAUUUCGUAGAUUGACCUUAAAAAAGGUGAUGCAUCGAGCUUCUCAAGUUGUCAUGUUGUUUUGUGAUCUAUCAGUCGAUUUUCAAAUUUUCCACAA